GCCCUUCCAGGCACGAUUCAGCACAGCCACGGAGAUACAUCAUCUCCAUGUGACAGCAGCUGUGGGGGGAGAGUUCUGUUCUUCGAACAGGCAAAUAGUCACCAACUCAUUUCAGCUUGGUGGCUUCCAAGGUUGGGAGAGGCUAACAUUUUCCUGAUGAAAUUACCACAGAAUCACAGGAAUUAAAUUCAGUGCAAACAAAACAGUGAUGCAAAAAAGGCAACCUCGGCCUAACUGUCUGUGGAUGUACUCCUGCCAGAGAAAGAGUGUUGUCAUGUAACUGUAAAUGCACCCAUCCACCUUCCCUCCCUGCAGGGCAGAAGGAUUGCCAGUGCCUCUUAGUGAAGAGGUCUUAGGCUGCUGGGUAUGUGGGGAAGGAUAGAGCAGGGAGGAAGAGGAGUUGGUUUUAAGAGUUGUUUUGGAAUAUGUUGAGCAUCCUUUAAGUGGUAAGCUAAGAAUACCCCUACCCCAAUUCCCAAUGAUGAAACUCUCACUGUGAGAUCAGAGCCAAGCAUGAAGAAUCACACUGCUUGGACUUUGUGCAAGUUCUGCUCUAGAGUUUGUUUUCCCACAGUAACAUUAUACAGAAGGCCAGUGGUCAGAAAGCAGGCACGAAUACAAUUUCCUCUCUGCUCACCAAUUCUCAGCACAGGAAGCUUUGUGCUAGGAAGAAGAACCAUCUCUUUGUAGCUGCGUGGUGGGGCUGUCAGGAGCACAGGAAGAGCAGUGACUCUGGCUGCUGAGGAUCACUGGCGGGGGAUGAUGGGGACCUCACAGCAAGUUGGACGGUGCAAGAAAACCACAUCACCCACAAAGGCAAGAGCAUCUUUGGAAGCUGUCAGGAGGACCGUGUGCACCGUCGUUCUGCUCGCCAUCACGGCGGUCACAGGAGCAGGAGGAAACAACAGAGUGUCAGUGACAGUAGGUAAAAGCUCUGUGCUCGCCUGCCCUCCCAAAUCAAAUAUGACUAUGGUAACAUGGAAAAUAAGCCCCAAGGCUGGAGGGCCCUGCACCUUGGGAUACAGGGCUGAUCUGAACAAGACAGACAGAACAAACUGCAGUGACAGCAUGAACUGGAAAUCCAGGCCAGAUUGGGAUCCUGCUCUUGAGAUACGACAAGUGGGAAUAGCCUUUGAGGGCAAUUACACCUGCAAAGUCGUAGCCACAGAAGGGAAUUUCCACAAGAUGUACCACCUCACCGUGAUAGUCCCCCCCAGGCUGACCGUGUACUGCGACAACCACGGGAACCCCGUGUGCAAGGCAGCGGCAGGGAAGCCGCCUGCUCGGGUCUCGUGGGUCCUAGAGAGCAACUCCACCCCCGAGGAAGAAGGCCAUGACAACGGGACAGUGACUGUUCUCAGGAAGUUCACAGCAUACAGCACCAACAUGACUAAUACAACCUGCAUCGUGUCCCACCCAGCUGGGACGUGGAGCAAGUCCAUAGCCUGUCACCUCUCAGAGACCAGCACAUGGUUUCUUCACUGUGUCCUCAGCCUUGCAAGCCUCCUGGGCCUCUUCUUCCUGCUUGCUGUUCUUCAUCUCUACACCUUCUGUGACAGCAGGACAAUUAGAAACCGGUACAAGCCAAGGCAUCUUCCACUUGCAGAGCUGUGUGGGCCUGUUUCUAACCCAGCACCUGAGCAGAGAUGAAUGAAACUCCCAGUAUGCCUCAGUCAGCAUUGUGACAUGCAGCAGGGACUCAGCAGUACUAAAGCGUUCAGGAGAAAGAAGCAAACAUCUACAAUGCAUCCAAUGUAACGGUGCAGAAACAUGGCAUGCAGGGCAGAUCCUGCCUGACCCUUGCCAGCUCUGUCUUCCAUCCUCUCUCUAGUGCACCUAUAGAUGCUUUUAUCACUCAUGCAAGUAUCAAUCUUUUUUUAUAAAACCAAGACUAACAUAUAUGCAAUAGGAAAUUAAUUCAUGUUGUAAAAAUGAGGUCACUCCAUUUCAAAUACACAGUAUCCUAGUAUUUAAGUAUCAUGCCUUGUAGGAUAAAAUAAAUCAGAAUAAAUUUUCUUGCAUACUAAUGAGCAGCAGCCUUCCCAGGAUGACCACAUAGGACUGAAACUAUAUUUGAGCAACUCUCAAUUUCACUAAAAAAAGUUUUGAAGCAUUUUGCCAACAGCUACAAAAAAAGAAGAGAGAGAAAGAGGACAUUUGAGCUAGAGCAGUUAUUGCUACAUGAAGCAUAGAAGUUAUUCAAUCCUGAGAUCAAAGCCUCACGCUCAUUUACCUUGCAUAAUCCAGAAGGCCACAGCCCA